AUGCAGCACGGCCCGAAGUCGAACACUUCGGAAUAUGAGGCACGCAUCAGGAACUGCUUCCGCUGCUGGCCAAGUGCCGGUCCUUUCUAUCAGACCUUGAUCGACUACUUGCAGACGGCGGGAUCACGCAUCGGGUUCUCUCCAUUACAAAGCCCAACAGUAUAUUUGCUGGGACAUGACCUUGGCAAGAGAGCCGAGAUCGAGGUUGGAAAUUCUGCUGCUUCAUCCCACGGAGCGCGAAGGCCUCCCUUCAAUCUAGCGCUUUCGAGCUCUGUCCAGGGUCUUGGUCCGCGGCGGGUACAUGCGGCACACCAGCCCCAUAUCACGGUAGUUGAAGGGUUCCUGGCACCCGAAUCCAUCAGAAUCUUGGGAGAGAUGUACCAAGUCAGACCUGAACUUUUCAUCGACUACCUGGAGCCGCAUUAUGCUUACGGAUCUAGCACAUUGAUGGGAAGAUACGAACUACCAAAUCUGCCUUCCAAGCGAGAUAACAUUGUCCAUAUCCGAUUCAUGUCGAUGCUACAGAUUCCGGGCGAGACCACGCCGUUCUCAGCCUCGCGUGUUAGUCCGUUUGAGCAGCGCACUCUGCUGGAGAAUAAGCGCUACGCCCACGAGAAGCGACUUUUUCAUCAUCGACAAUAUGGUGCCACGAGGUAUCGAGCACUGCAUGUUCACAAUGGGCAAUGGCUUACAGUCGAGCAAAUGGCAUCCUUUUGUGUAACACACGAGAGCAAGAGUUGGCGCGGCUUGCUUCUACUUGAUAGCGGAAGACCUUGCGAGGAUGUCGACCUUCCAUGGGCAGGAUGCUUUCAGGAUCUCGAGAGAGCCGAAUUUGUCCCUACCAUACCUUAUAAUCUUCCCAUUGGCCAUGAAAGCGGUGCAGAACUGCAAGACGACCUCUUUCCCAAGCAGCAUCGCCCUUAUCACCCGGCUAUUGACAUCAUGUUAGCGGCCGGCUCUCCGGUCUCCACGCAGCUACUCGCAGAGGACCCUUUCUACAUCCUCGGUUGUGUGUACGACGCCGCUGCACGUACGCGAAUCCAGUUAUUGAGCUUCAUCGAGUCAGACAUUACUGAGUGUUCGUCUGCAAGUGGUUUCACCAUGGGCUCACAGCAAAGCCUGGUGCUUGAUCAGUUGCGUUUCGACCUUCAACUUGUGCGACGUGUGGAGCGCUUCUGUAAGGAGGAUCUGGCAAAUGUUAUAAAGCUGGGUUCCGCCGCGUGGCCUCGAGCUGAGCAAUUAGGAGAGAUACAAAAGCUCAAAGAGCGUCUCCAGAGCGACUAUGUCUAUCUUAUUGAGCAGUGCAGCAGCCUCGCGCUUCAGUGCGAGACGGCUAGCAACGCGCUAGUUAGCAUAGCGCAGUGGAUGGAUGCACGACAGGGCAUUCAAGAAUCCCGCCACAUCACUAAUCUCACCAUCUUGGCGUUUCUCUUUAUUCCGCUAACAUAUAUAACCUCUGUUCUGAGUAUGAAUGUUGAAGGUAUCAUGGAAGGAGUUCCGCUGUGGGCGUGGGUGGGAGCAUCGACUGUUUCAGUAAUACUUACCACUGUAGUCGUGGUGAUAAUGAGGUGGAAGCGAUGGGAGAUACCAAAGACAUAA